CGCACUAGGCUUUUCGAGUCUCACGGUCUGUCGACUUUUUCUCUUUACUCAUUACCUGCUGUCAUUCAAACCUCCAUUAUAUUCUCACUGGGCUCUCCGAAUGAAGUCGACUACCCCAUAGUACGCAAUCCGCAAAUUCAUAAUUCGCAGAUUGGCAGUUCGCCCCUCCUUCUGGUAAUUCGCAAGCUCCCAGACGCCUGGUCGAAUUACUUAAUUUUGCAUUGAAUACCCUAUUGACCUGGCUACUCAGCUCGUCUCUUCAUAACUGCAGCCCAUUAACCAAACACGGGAUCUAAAACUACAUCGGAUAGUGCCCAUCCUACCUAGGAUCCUCUUCAAUUAUUCUGACCUAAGCCGUGAACCAUCAGCAUACUGGAAGUGGAAAGCGUGCUCACAAAACUCCCACAGCGUCACACCUCUGGAUUACUAUUAACUCCUCCGAUAGUCCUGUCCUUCGCCGGGCUCGCAUUCCCAUGCCCAAAUUUAGAGUCCCUCGAGAAAAGAUUGACAUUCUUACAGCGCAUAUUCGCAGCAUCGCCACCCCAACUCUUCCUUAGUCCGGACUUACAGGAUUUGGUCGAAUUUUAACUCUCACAAGCCAGCAUUACAUGUGCUGGAAGAUUACACACUGUUCGUAAAUCUCAAUUCUACUGGACACUUAUUAGCAGCGGAAAAUAUCAAAAAUAAAGCGAGCGGAUAAGGUUAUAAUUGAACAGAGCUUUGAAAUAAGACCCUCUGGAACGGUGGUUCAUGUCGAAAAGGUUCCUGGGACAUCAUACCCCUUCCACUUCCGACACUGGUAGGAAUCCCACUAGCUUUAGCCGCAAAGAAGAGGAGCAAAAAGACCAGGUUUCAAGGUUGUAUGAGCUUGGACUACUCAGCGACUCGGAUAAGAGAUCAAGGAGGCGAGAGAAAGACAAGGUCAAGGGUCCAUUUGGUGGAGCUUGCGUUGCAGGAUCCCGUUCCAAAAAGGGUACGCAGUAGCCAACCUCCAAAUUGCCAUAACUCCACCCCUCCGCUCAUACUAAUGCACGAAAAUUACCUUCACAUUGACUGACUUAAUAUUUGUUCUUCAUCAGAUAAUCGUAAAUUUUUAGAAUUCUUUCCUGGGAACUCCAAUACGUCGUCUUCCUCGGCCUCAUUUCUAGCCAGCAAGGCAAAUCGUGAUCUCAAACAGCGAGCCGGUGGUGGAAUGACAGGAAUGUUGGACACGGAUAGAACUCGCAACAGGAGGGAGAGGACGUUUGUUGGAAGUGAAUGUUCUGUAUGUGAAGAGCCAUUGGAACACACACUCCGGGGAGAACGAAUACUACAGUUUUCAUGUGGCCAUGUUUCACAUGAGGCAUGUUUUUACGAAUACAUCAAGGAGAGCGAUGCUCAAUAUUGCCCAACUUGCAAUGCGCCAUUAGGUCUAGAUACGAGUCGAGGAGGCAAUGUUCUUGACAUUGGUAAGACUUUCAAAAACGGUUCGUCUUCCCUGAAUAUAAAGCUGAUUCCUGCUGUUCCUUCAGAGAAGCUAAGUAGUAUUGUGCGAUCAGUUUCGGCCAGCGAUCAGUCCGCAAGAUCCACCCCCACACCCUCGAAUUGGGAAGCCCAAACCGUACGGCCGCCCAGCCGUGAAUCUAAUGCUCGAACUACAAGAACAAGAGCGAAUAGCCAGGACACCUAUCCUAGGGAUAAUAGCAGAGAUAAUGGUAGCAACAGAGAUAGUAGGGAAAGUAGAGAGCGUAUGGAACGAUAUCCGCCACCGUCAAGAACCUCACAUCAAAGAAAUGAUAGCGGAAAUGCUCCAUCAUCUGUUGGUUAUCCAGAGACCGCGAUCAGUGGUCCACCCCGCCGCCAUGACUAUGACGUGCAAGCAAUGGAGUCAAACAUUAUGAGUCCUCGAGCGAGUGUCACAAGAAAUCCCAUACCGGCUCCAGUCGUUACCAUCCGUUCAGAGUUUCCAACCCUAAAUAGGUCGAGACAGCAGCAAACUUUGACUUGUCUUAUCACAAUCGAAGUACCUGACAAUAAGUGGCGACCCGAUCCAGAUGAUAUUCGAAGCGCUCCCCCACUACCCAACAUCCGCCCCGAAGAUACCUACGCCAGGCCCCCCUCUCCCGCCCAAAGUGCACCACGGUUCUAUCCUUACGAAUCUCCGGAGGUCUUGGACGAAAUAACAGAGGGAUUGCGAAGCCGUGUUGAGAAUUGGCACGGUCUUGAUUUCAACAGGUAUAUUCACAAUCUUUACAUUCAAAAUCCACGAAACACUAAUGAGAAGCAGAUUCGGAAAAUUGCGACUUUACGGAACUAUUCGAGUUGGGAAAGACAAGCAAUCUUGGCAGGAACUGGAAUGUUUCUUGUUUGCGGAAAUGCUUAUUUGCGUGAAAGAAAAGAAAGUUUCAUCGUCACAACCUUGGGAUGAGUCUAAUGGGGUUCGAAAAAGCACUCGAUGCACCCUCAAAGGUUCAAUAUUAAUCAAGAAGCAUUUGAAUGAAGUGACCGAAUCUGGAUCUGGUAAUUCUCUUGGACAAACAGAAAAGAUCACCGCAACUAACUUACGGCCCAAUGAAGAUAAUAAUAUAUUGACCUUGAGCCUUUCCGUGGCGGAGCUCCCAUCCUUCCAUCUCAAAUUCGACAACCGCAAUCAACUAAAGUUAUGGCAACAAGCCUUAUUAGACCUGAACGCAAUUGAAGGAUCCCCGGCACGAAGUCCAGAUUACGAUUUCUCCGAACCUGAGGAAGAAGAGUGGAAUCGCGAUUCCACAGGGCCACAGCGAGUAUCGAUCAAUUCGUCGGGUUAUGGAGGUCGAUCUGCCACCACUGUGCCGACAGACUACACUGUUGCUCCCAGAGGCCUACGACUACCUGCCCCAAUCCACGUUCCAAUCGAUAUUGUUGUUGUAAUCCCAAUCUCAUCUUCAAUGCAAGGUGUCAAGAUUAGUCUUGUAAGAGAUGCACUCAAAUUUAUGGUUUCUAACCUUGGAGAUCGUGAUCGCAUGGGUUUGGUAACCUUUGGUUCUAGUGGUGGUGCGGCACCACUUGUAGGAAUGACUAGUAAGACUUGGAAUGGAUGGCAACAAAUCCUGGCUUCUAUUAGACCGGUUGGCCAAAAGAGUCAUCGAGUAGAUGUUGUCGAGGGUGCGAAUGUUGCAAUGGAUCUUCUCAUGCAACGAAGGUCAAAUAACCCAAUCGCUACAAUUCUUCUGAUCAGCGACUCCUCUACAUCUGAUGCAGAGAGCGUAGAUUUUGUGGUAUCAAGAGCUGAGGCAGCAAAGUAAGUUUUUAAAUUUUUUAACCUGGGAAAUUACAACUAAUCAUAUUCUCCCUAGAAUUGCUGUUCACUCCUUCGGAUUAGGCAUGACCCAUAAACCAGACACGAUGAUAGAAUUGUCAACGCGAACCAAGGCUUCUUACACAUACGUCAAAGACUGGAUGAUGUUGCGAGAAUGUCUUGCAGGUUGUCUUGGAUCCCUUCAAACAAUGUCACAUCAAAAUGUGAAAUUAAAACUUCGACUUCCCGAAGGAUCGCCAGCUAAAUUUGUCAAGAUUAGCGGAGCUUUACAGAUCACUAAACGUGCAACAGGUAAAGACGCCGAGGCUUCUUUGGGAGACCUCAGAUUUGGUGAUAAGAGGGAUAUUCUAGUACAGCUGGUUAUUGCUCCAGAUAAUGCUUCUCAGGAACAACUAGCGCAAGACCCAUGGGACUCUAUAGUUUCUGGUCUUGAGGCACUUGGGGGCCCACUUGAUCAAGAAGACCAACGAGUUGUAUCAGUAGAGGAGGUUCCUUUGAUUCAAGCAGAUUUAACCUGGGGCGAUAUCCUCCGAGAUGGAACACUUACUCAUUUGCCCCGCCCUUGUCUGUUAGCAAUAACUAUGCUUCCUGCUUCGACAAAUCAAAAGAAGCAUACUACCUGGAAUAGCGCUCCACCCAUUCCACCCCAUCCAAGCGUCGUCCAACGCCGUAUGGAACUUCUUACAUCCGAUAUGCUUACACGAGCUCUCACCUUGGUUUCUCGUGGUCAACAUGACCGUGCACAGCAUCUUUUGAGCGAGACACGUUCUAUCUUGAAAGGUUUAGGAAAAGGCGGUCUACCUCCAAUUCCACCACCACCUUCGAAAUCACCAAACAACCUCUCAUCCCGCACUGGUUCUUCGUCUCCCACAAGCCGCACUCCUGAGCGACGCCGCACUCCUUCACCAACAUCUGCUACUACGAUUAGCUCAAACCACACCCUUGGUCCUAUCCCUCGACACCAGUCAAACGACGCACUUUUGGCAGUCGCUACAGCACCUGGUAUUGAUCCAAACACUGUUUCAGCUCUCGAUGCUGAGUUGGAAGCAAGUUUAGAAUGGAUCAAUCAUCCCGCUGUAUUUGGCAGGGACAACAGGAAAGCAGUCCUUCAGGCUAUUGGUGUUAUCAGCAGUCAGCGAGGAUAUACCUUCCGAACGCCAGUAGAAAGCCUAUGGGCAGGUCGAGUCAGCGGUAUCAAGAGAAUGACCGAGAGAAGUCGGGAAUGGAGAGAAGAAGGAGGUGGUGAGGUUGGGAUCACAGAAGAGAGCUAACUAUUUUUGCGCUUCACCUUCACAACCUCUAUACCUUUUAUCGAGACGAUACUUCACAGCCGAUUCAUGACUGUAUUUUUCGCCAUCUCUCUGCCUUAUAGAUGGGCAUUUCAUUUUCAAUUGUACAAUAUUUUCAGCGCAGGAGCAGCGCAUUUUAGCACGGUGGAAUGGUUUCUGGAUAAUACACACAUACCCCUUUUGUUGUCAAUGGAUAUUGUUUUAUUUUUAUUUUCAUUUAUUCGCUAUUCAAACCCCUAUGAUUAGCACCCCAGUCGAAAUUUUUCACUUAGGGAGGAUUUUGUGGUGUUAGGAUAUGGAUGGGGAAAUUUUUGGACAGAGGGAUUGAUCUAGGAUCUAGGAUCUAGGAUUAAAAAGAUUAUCUUUUAUGAUGUGACCAUGAUGGCGGAUAGUUGGUUAUUUGGCUUGUUCACCGUUAUUUACUGUUGUUUAUUGUAUGGAUGACUAGGCUUGAGGUGUCUAGAGCUGUGGAGAUUUAUCUAAGCAGUGUGUAACGAGUUGGAAGAAGAUAUAUUAUGAAGAUGAAGAAAUGGAGAUAUACUUUUUUUUGGCCC